CAAAAGUACGGAACACCUGUAAGCAUAAUUCUGAUUUAUUUUGCAACUCUUGAAUCCUCAAAACUCUCUUUCUAAAAGCCUAUAGUUGAUGAAAGCGCAACACCGGCUAUGAAGUUCAGAAGUAAAGGCGCUCCUCUUUUUCUCCAUGUUAACGCAUAUAGAGCCGCAGAUCUCUUUCUUCCAGGAGCUAGGGACCGACAGAAGAAAGUAAAUGCUAACCUUAUUGUUCAGCUCAACUCUUACAAAAAGCGCUGCAAACGGAAACUCCACACCAGCCAUCCAAGCUGGGACGAGACAUUCCGUAUUCCGUUGAAAAAUGGCGAUUACUCAGAUUUGCUUGUGCUUGCCGUUUGGAAUCGGGCUGGGGGCACUAAAACCUACCUAGGGGAGGUCAGAAUACGUGUACGAGACUUAUUUCUGGGCGAAGAUCUGUCACUGGCCUCUACCCCAACAUGGUAUAAGUUGUACCUGUCCCUGGCCAGAAGUGGCUAUGUGACUGGGUCUAUACUCUUGCUGUUCAAACUUUCAUUGGGGAAGGAAAAACACGGGGAGAAGCCCAGCAUAAAAAAUUCAAAAUAUGGUGGUACUGUUAAAGACCCGGAGCAAAGUCAUUCUUUAAACCCUCAGACCAACGACCCUACAGUCGCAGACCUCAAGAUGGAGAAUCUACUGACGACUGACAGUGACUUGUAUACAACAUUGAGAUCGUGGAAGGACUCGUUGAUAUGUCCUGAUGCAGACUUGCCCGUUAAUGUGGAUGAUCAAGGAUUUUAUUCCGAUUUACCAACAAGCUACCAGUUUAGUGGUGCGUCUGAAGUCUCAGAUAUAGAUUCUAUCGCUGAUUCACGCAUAAAUAUAUCUGGAAACACACGCAUUCCUAACGUACCUGAUGCAGUUUCUUCAUUGCCCAAUCAAUUCUUCAAACCGUCAAACCUUGAUCAUCAAUCUCCACAGUAUUUACCCAUUAUUGAUACACAGAAUGAGUCUAUAAACAGUGGAUCUUCGGGGUCGGACAUACUGUCAAUAGCCUCUUCAUCAGGCAAUAUGAGUGAUGGCGCUUUGUAUAAUGGUAACUUUACAGCUUCCGAAUCGAAAGAGCAUAGAUCGAAAAUUCUCAAGCGCAAAAAAAAGAAGGAACAAUCGAAAUAUGAGCUUCGCAACAGAAAGGUCCAGGGUGUUUUGUUUCUUGAAAUUGCUUCCUGCUCAAAUCUUCCACCUAUUAAAAGCUUUACACGUGCCACUUUCGACAUGGAUCCCUUUGUUGUUGUCACGUUCGGCAAAAAAACAUUCCGCACAAGCUGGAAAAGACACAAAUUGAACCCGAUUUACAACGAACGACUUGCUUUCGAAGUCUUAGACAAUGAGUUGAACUAUAAUGUUCAGUUUUCUGUCUUGGACAAAGAUCAUUUCUCAUUUCACGAUCAAAUUGCUGAUGUUUCGCUUCCCAUGCGUGAGCUCAUUGAAAUUGCUAAAGAACCACAUUCAGAUGAAUCGCUUCCAGAGGAAGAGCUGAGUCAUCUUGUACAAGAAAGCGCGAGUGCUUUCCAUGAGGUGGGCCUAGGGAAAAACAAAUAUGAGCUGCCGUCAGUAUCAGACUUAUCAUCGCCUAACCCAGCCAUAGAACUUGCUGAAGAUGGUGACCUUGUCAAGACAAGAAAGAAGAAAUUUCUUAGAAGAAAAAGAACUACUGUGCUGUACGUGGAUACGUCUUUGUUUAAGACUUUGAAUCUUCUGCUAGACUUGAAAAACAAAAAGAUGGCCGACAAAUACAACUCGACUCUAAAAAUACGUGCAAGAUACCUCACGUAUGAAAAUUUGAGGAGAGACUUUUGGAGAGUUCUUCUAGAGCAGUACAACAUGGAUGAUAACUCUGACUCGUUGGAUUAUAUCGAAUUGAUUUCCUUUUUGGAUACUUUGGGGUGCACAGACAGUGAUCAAAUCGUGAGUGACUUCUAUCAGAAGAUGUGUAGAUCAUCUUGGGGCGGUGACAAGCUCACUCAUGACGAGAUAGUCGACAAUUUGGAAAAAUACGUCCUUGAAGAAAACGAUGAUCCGGAAAGAAAGAUUUUUGAGAUCGAAAGAUGUCCGAUAUGCAUGCACAAGAGGUUGAGUCGAAAGGAUGAUCUUGACAUAAUUACCCACGUCGCGAUUUGCGCUUCGAAAGAUUGGAGUAUCGUUAACAAACUUCUUGUUUCCUCUUUUGUAACUCCACAAAUUGCUUCAAAAAGAUGGUUUUCCAAGGUUUUGAUCAAAUUGACUUACGGAAAGUACAAAUUAGGAAGUAACUCUGCUAACAUUUUGGUGCAAGAUCGUUCUACCGGGCUAGUGAUGGAAGAAAAAAUGAGCGUGACUGUGAGAUUGGGGAUCCGACUUCUUUACAAAGGCUUGGAUAAGGCCAAAAGCAAAAGAAUUCGAUCGCUUUUGGAAAGAUUGAGUGUGAAGCAAGGUAUUAAAUUUGACCAUCCAUCCCUGACAAAGGAUAUACAAGCUUUCAUUCUGUUCCACAAAUUGGACUUAAGUGACUGUCUUAUAUCAGACCCAAAGCAAUUCCCAACUUUCAACGAAUUUUUCUACCGCAAGCUUAAAGACGGAGCUAGACCAAUUGAGGCCCCAGAUAAUGAAAACAUCGCCGUUUCCCCAGCUGAUUGCCGGUGUACAACUUUUGUCACGGUAGAUGAGGCCACAAAGCUUUGGAUUAAAGGAAGAAAUUUCACAUUGGCCAAGCUUUUCAACGGAAACUUUGCCAAUUUGGAAAAAUCAGAUUUGUACAAAUCUGAUAAAUGUUGCGUCGGUAUAUUUAGAUUGGCCCCUCAAGACUACCAUCGCUUCCAUUCUCCAAUAAGCGGUGUGAUUGGCCCCAUCAAAUACAUCGAAGGUGAGUACUAUACAGUCAAUCCCAUGGCCAUAAGGUCGGGUUUAGAUGUAUACGGGGAAAAUGUUCGUGUGAUUGUUCCUAUUCGUUCCCCGAAUUUUGGCACUGUGAUUUUGAUAGGAGUCGGAGCAAUGAUGGUUGGUUCGACAGUGAUCACUGUCCAGGAAGGCCAAGAAGUGAAAAGAGGGGACGAAAUUGGAUACUUCAAAUUUGGAGGGUCUACAGUAUUACUCUUGUUUGAAAAAGAAAAGUUUGAUUUCGACACUGACCUCGUCAAUAACUCAAAACAGUGCGUUGAAACGUUAGUGAGAGUUGGUCAGAGUAUAGGCCACACACCCGAAGUCAAGGAGGUCAAAAGAGAGCACAUUGAUUUCAGCAAACAACCUCAAGACUUUAAAGUUAAUCUUAUUCGGGCAAUUACAGGUGGAGAUGUGGAUAACAAAGUUAAGCUUGAGACCUGGGAGAGCAAGCAAAUUGAAAUAAGUUCAGAGGAUGUCGAUCUCCUAGCAAAAGAAGACGAGGAGAACUUCGCAGAUUUGGAUGAAGAUUCUGAACUCGAAGAAUAAGAUAACGCUAGAGCGCCAAUAUUUUGUUAGAUGUUUCUUAGACUGAGACUGCUUUUCAUUUAACACCAUAUGUAGACUAGAAUCAUAGAACGUAAUUUCUAAAAAUUCUCACUGUGUAAGAGUUCUAGGGUA